UUGGAAAGAAUAUAAAAGGAUUAUUCAAUUCUCUCAAAUGAUAGAACACCUUCUAUUAAGUUUAUCUGAAAUAAUGAAGACUGUUAGAUCCAUAUCUUUUCUUAUUUUCUUUAGCUACAUUAAAUGUCAGACUCUUCAGAGGAGUUUACUAGAUGCAGCCAUGCACCAAACAAAUGGCCAGAAUUAUCUAGACGAGAACUUAAGAGCUGUCACUAACAUUAUGGUUGCACAGUUUCUUCAGAAACUGACUUAUGAAGAAGUACAAAUCACAGUUCAAGAGUUGCUAGAUCUUGCAGAAAAGUGCAAGAGCCUCAAGUCACAUGAAUUACCUUCAGAAUCCUGUCACCAGUUGAUGACUACCUUCCUAGAGCAUAUUUGCAAUAAUGAAGGAAUGGCUGACAAGCAUGUAUUUUCUGACUGUUGCAAUAUAAAUAAGACAGCAAGACAUAAGUGUUUCCUAUUACACAAAAAGGAUGAUGCAGGUUACAGUGAAAUGUUCCAGAUUUCAAAUCCUGAGCAGAUCUGUGAGAUGGGCAAAGAGAGUUAAGUGCCACUGGAGGAAAAGUACAUUUAUGAAACUUCUAGGAAGCACCCAUUCUUGUAUGGACCCACUAUUUUAACCAUGUCUGUUUGCUAUGAAACAGCUGUUCAGUCAUGUUGCCAAGAAGAAAAUAAGACUGAAUGCUUCCAGACAAAGGAAAAUUAUUUAUAUCUGGAACCCAUCAGAAAGUACGUUAGAGCAAUAUCUUUGAGGCAUCACCAUUUUUGUGAAAUUGGGAUUAGAUUCAACCACAAAGUAGCAACAGCUGUGGAAUUGGUUCUGUUGACUAAAAAGCCACCUAAAGCUAAUUUUUCUGAAAUUGUCAAGCUGUCCAUGGAUUUUAAAAAUUUGCAUCUGAUAUGCUGUGAAGGAAAUGCAGUAGUGUGUGUACUUGGCAGGAGUCAGCUUAUGAACUACAUCUGCUCUAAACAGGCUAUUCUGUCUAGCAAAUUCACUCCAUGCUGUGAACUGCCAGAACCAUUCCGUGGAGAAUGCAUUAUCAACUCAGAAAACGACAACAAACCUGAUCUCUCAUCCCUGCCCCUUCGCAGGUUUACAGAGGAUCAGUCUGUAUGCAAACAAUUCACUGACAAGCAAGAUUUCUUCCUACAAGGGUUUCUUUAUGAAUACUCAAGAAGACACCCAGAGUUGGCAGUUCCAGUCAUUUUAAGAGUGGAUACAGUAUAUCAAAAUUUACUGGGAAAAUGCUGUAAAUUAGAAAAUCCUCUGGAAUGCUCUAGCCAUGGGGAAGGGAUGUUUCAAAGAGUGGUUCGUGAAAGCCAUGAGCAUGUGAAAAAUCAGUGUGAUUUACGUGAGAAAUUAGGAGAUAGUAACUUUCACGACAGGCUCAUAGUCCUUUAUACGAAGAAAGCCCCACAACUGUCUGCUCAGGAGUUGAUUGCACUCACGAAGAACAUGGCAGCUGCUGCCGCCAAGUGCUGCCCACUGAAUCAAGACACGUUUGUCUGCAUGGAGGACUCAGCAAAGUUAAUUCUUGGAGCUUUAUGCAGAAGGCACGAGGCGGAGCCCAUCAGAGCUGCUGUGGGUCACUGCUGUGAUGACUCGUACGCCUUCAGAAAGCCUUGCUUUGAUGACCUGCAAGUCGAUGGAACUUACAUUUCUCCACCUUUAUCCUGUGACCAAGUCAUCAACCUUAAAGAGGACUUGUGCAAAGCUCAAGAGGAGGAAUUACAAACUGAAAAGCAAAAACUCCUCAGCAACCUUGUGAAGCAGAAACUGUAUGCAGCAGAGAUGCAGUUCCAAUCAAUUACUGUGGAUUUUGCUCACCUGGUGGAGACGUGCUGUCAAGCAGAGAAAAAUGAAACGUGUUUCCAAGAAGAGGUAUCCCUGUUUCCUUGUUUAUUCUCUUAGCAUUCUUAGGGGUUAUUAAGUUUAAAAAAAAUUCUUCGUUCUAGUCAUGAAUGGACUGGGAGAAAAUCACAGUCUCAGUGGAUUGGUGUAACUAAGUAUUUUGGUUGAAGAUACACUAAUAUUUAUGUUCAUUUGCAGAAACUAGAUGUGUUAGACGUGAAAAGAGAUAAACAGAAAGUCAUUGAUCUUAGAUGAACUGAGACAUUUCAGAUUGGGGGUGGGGGGAAGAAAGAUGAGCAAGACUCUGGUCAUUGUAGAGAAAAGGUGUCUGUGGAAAUACAGAGAAAUUUUAAACAAGUAACAAUUUAAAGGCCUGUCUGGGCAAGCUGUAGCUUUGUUUUAGAAAUUUCUGGAGGCACAAUCAGAAAGAGUCACUAAAGGUAGUUUGGGGCUUAACUAGGAGACCAGGUGAAAAAGAUUGUAUUUUCUCAGUGGCAGAUCAUUAGAAUAGGCGGUUGAAGAAUAGAAAGAGAAACUACGAUCAGAAGAAAGUGUCUCUGUGCAUAUCCACUAAACUGAUUACCAGGUGACUGUUUUGUGUUAUCAGUCUAAUUAUAUACAGUUAACAAGCAAAUGACUUUUCAUAAGAUGGUAAAGUUGUGUGACUUAAAUUUCUAAGAAUAUCAUAGUGAUCCUACCAUCACUCUGAGGUACAGAAAAUUCAUGUAAAUUCAUGGAGGGAACCUGGGAUGGCCAUUCUCCUGCAGAUAAGAUGUGAGAAACAGAAAUUUGGUUAUAGUAGGUUAUAGUGUCUGAGUAGAAGAAUCCAAGUAUAUGGUUAAAUAUAUAUGUAUAUAAUAAAGCAGCCUUUACAGUCAAAACAGGUUGGGGCUAGUUAAGGCUGGGGUUUAGCAAUGGCCUAGGGAAAUAUUUUCACAGGUAACAAUUUUCACAAAUGCCUUAAUUACCUUCAGUGGCUCUUUUCUGGGCUUCCCUCAUAGCUCAGUUG